AUGAAGUAUUCGGAGAAUAAAAGAUACAGUAAAGAUCAAACUGUCUUAAUUAAGUGCAUUCUUUCCCGUGGAUUCUGUUCUUUUUUGCUAUCAUUACAUUCGCUACCAAUCCUGCUAAUAUUAAUGGAUUCGCCAGGAACAUCGCCUAAGAAGGAAAUACACCAUUCAGCUGGUGUCGUUCUGGAUAAAGGUCAUCCGAUAUCAGAAUCACAAUCGCAAAUGGUCGAUAGUAGUGUGGCAAGACUAAGUAUUAGUGAAGAUUCUGCUUCAAAAUUUGGAAUUGUGAACUCCAUCUCGAACAGUUCCGAAAAAGGGACAGAUUCGACAUCGAACCAGGUCAAGAGAAGAAGAUCAAGUGUAGCAUCCAUUAAUGGUAAUGUCAUCAUGAAAUCAAGACAAAAUAGUACUAUUUCUUUACCCAGAAAGAAAAAGAAAAAGAAGAACAGCAAACCAUUUUCUUUUACGAUUACAGAUCAAUACGUUGGUAAACAUGAUAAUACCAAGAAGAUUUCGAUUAAAGAUAUUAGAGAUCUAACAUUAUAUGCAUUAAAGGAUACGAAUAAUAUGCCCCCUUGGGUUCAGCUAGAUAACAGAAGUUCAUUGCAGAAGAUGAUUGUCUUAUUUGUUCCUGGCUUAGAGACUCCAGAUUUCAAUCUACCAGAUGGUGCCACGUUUGACGACAUUUUGAAAAAUAAAGAUGAAUGUAAUUUCAAAUAUUUCAGCAAAUAUCCAGAUUUGAUAAGUUUAGUUCCCAAUAAUGAUCUACAGGCUUUCCCAGUGGUUGCACCAGGCUCUAGAACUACUUUAUAUUCCGCUUAUAAUUCAUUCAUGAAUGUAGGAUUGACAAAGAAUGAAAAAAUUACACGUAGAAAUGAGCUAUCUAAGAAGAGGAUAACCAUCCAUGAUUUAUUGAUGGACCUUGACAAAUUAAUUGAAAAUGAUUACCCAAUUCAUCCAGACACCGAGGGGUUAACAUCUGAUAUGAAAAUUGAAUUGACAGAACAGGAGAAAAAUUCCACUGACACAUGGUUCAACACCAAAAAAUUUGAUCACAAUGGUUCACAUACAUACGCACUUGACUGUGAAAUGUGUCUUUCUGAUAAUGGAUUGGUAUUAACUAGGGCUAGUAUUGUUGAUUUCGAUUGCAAAGUUCUGUAUGAUAAAUUAGUGAAACCCGACGUUCCUAUUAUUGAUUAUUUAACUAAAUAUAGUGGUAUUACUAAGGAGAAGUUAGAGCCAGUGACAACCACUUUGAAGGAUGUGCAAGAAGAUAUAUUAAAGAUCAUUAGUUCAGAUGACGUUUUAAUUGGGCAUUCAUUACAAAGUGAUUUAAAUGUCUUAAAACUAAGACACCCAAAAGUUGUUGAUACUGCUCUUAUCUUUGACCAUAAAGCUGGUCCACCAUUCAAGCCAGCACUACGUUAUUUGGCAUCCGAAUAUCUCCAUACAACUAUUCAAAAUACAGAUGUCCUUGGUCAUAAUUCCAUUGAAGACGCUAGGACAUGUAUGGAAUUGACUAAAUUAAAAAUCGUCAAUGGAAUGGUAUUUGGUAUAUCUAUAAAUACCGAAAAUUUGUUUUCGAGGCUAAUGAAAUCUGGUGUGAGAACCUUACUCUUGAAUGAUUCAGUUCCAUCAAGACAGACAGGAUUAGAAAAUGAUCUUCGAAAUUUAGCCACCCAAAAGUUACGUUGCACUACAGACCAAGAGAUAUAUGAUAAUAUUCUAGAAAAGAUGAAUUCAUUUGAAUUAACAGUGGGGAGAUUGAGAGAUUUGGAAUUUUCAAGAGGAUUUUCUCAGCCAUCACUUAAAUCAAGUCGUAGAAUGGAAGAUGUACCCUCAGCAGAGGUAAUACUAGAAAAUUUAGGUAAAAAUAUUAAUGAAAUAUAUGAAAAAGCUCCAUCUGGAACACUAAUUAUGAUCUUAUCAGGUACCGGUGAUACUAGGCCUUGGGGUCAGAUAAUGAAAGAAUUAAAUAAAUUACCAAAUCAAGAGAAAAUGUCACAAAGAAAGGAGAGAGAGAAAGAGAUUGAACGUUCCAUUGGAGUCGCACGAGAUGGUGUUGCCACGGUUAUCAUAAAACAAGAUUCAAGCAUCAAAAAUGACUGA